CCACGGCUGUCCAGACACACAGGUCCAAUUCUUAUAUAAAGCCCCCAACCCCAUCAUCACCUCAUCCCCGCACUCCCUGAUGCCAUGACCCGCCACCACGGACCAGCCGCCACCACCACCACUUCCCAGGUUACACCACUGGCACACACCCAAUAACCACCUAACCACCAAACCUCCCCCACCUCACAACCAAACAAACCCCCCACCCAACCAACAAUGGGCACCCGCAAACCCACCACCACCGCCCCCGCCAAACCCCCCCCCUCCCCCCUCAAAACCCUCCUCGAAAUCCUCAACCCCAACCGCUACCUCACCCUCUCCCUGCACCACCCCCUCUGGACCGUCCUCGAACGCUUCUACGCCAUCCCCAACCCCCCCUCCCCCCGCAAACGCACCCGUCCCAUGCAAGUCCUGUGCGUCGGCCUCCCGCGCACCGGCACCGAGUCCCUGCAGCAGGCGCUGCUGCACCUCGGGUACGACCACACCUACCACGGGUGGGAUAUUAUUUAUGAUAGCGAGUGCCACUCGCCCGGGUGGGUGCGGCUGUGCAGGAAGAAGUGGUAUGGGACGGCAGAGACGAAGCGGAAGGGGAUGGCGGUGACGGCGGCCGAGUUUGAUGAGCUGUUGGGGCAUAGCGUGGCGGUUACCGAUGCGGCGGCGAGUGUGUUUGCGGCGGAGAUGGUGGCGGCGUAUCCCGAGGCGAAGGUGGUGUUGAAUAUGAGGCGGGAUUUGGAUGGGUGGGAGCGGAGUUUGGAUAGCACGCUGGUGCAUGCGAAUGAGAGUUGGGGGUUUUGGAUCGCGAGCUGGCUGGAUCGGGAGUGUUUCUGGGCGUGGCAUGUGUAUGAGCGGUUCUUGUGGCCGUUGCUGUUUCGGGCGGCGGAUGGGGAUUUGAAGAGGGCGAUUAGGGGGAAUGCGAGAUGGGUGCAGAGGGAACACGCCAACAUGGUCCGCGGCCUGGUCCCCAAGGAGCGCCUCCUCGAGUGGUACAUUGAGGACGGGUGGGCGCCGCUGUGCAAGUUCCUGGACAAGCCCAUUCCCGACGUUCCGUUCCCACACGCAAACGCGGUCAGCAGCGGGUGGAAGGCGCGGGAGGAGCAGGCCAACAAGCGAUGGGUUAACGGGGCGUUUCUGAACUUGAUCCUGGUGGGGUUGGGAAUCGUCAGCAUUGUCAUCGCCAGGAGGUAUGUGUUCUGA